AGAAACUGAUAAAUAAAAACCAUUAUUUUAAGAGAAGAAAUAUCUAAUGAACAGCCUAAUAAUAUACCGACGUACUCAUUAGAUUUGGGCCACCACGUCAUCUGCCAGCACCACCGUUAUGAUGAUGAGCAGUUUUUGUGGAAGUAGUCAUGGUAUUAUUUCUAGUAACCGUACACAAUUCCUCCUCUUCCCUCUAAUAAAACCACCAGAAUUAAAGAGGAGCACUCCAAUACGAAAAUCACAUUCUCCAUCGUCUUACUCCGCAUUUCAUACGCCUCUUCUCUGCUUCUCUUCUCCAUCUUCAUCUUCUAAUAAUACAGAUAUGGACAGCUCGGCAACUACAACUCUAUUCCCAUUGCACCGUACCAAGACUUUGCAUCUGGUGAGACAUGCACAAGGGUUUCACAAUGUAGAAGGAGAGAAGAAUCAUGAUGCAUACUUAUCUGAAGAACUAUUUGAUGCUCAACUUACCCCUCUGGGAUGGCAGCAGGUGGAUAACUUGCAUAAGCAUAUUACUGAAUGUGGUAUUGAUAAGAAGGUUGAAUUAGUCAUCGUAUCUCCGUUACUAAGGACAAUGCAAACAGCAGUUGGAGCAUUUGGUGGUGGAGAUUAUGCAGAUGGGAUGGAUGUCACACCACUAAUGGUGGCAAAUGGAGGGAAUAGUAACCGUUCGGCAGUAUCAAGCUUAAAUACUCCUCCAUUCGUAGCAGUGGAGCUUUGUCGAGAACAUUUGGGUGUUCACCCAUGUGAUAGGAGGAGAGGUGUUGGUGAAUAUCGGACCAUUUUUCCUGCAAUCGAUUUCUCACUGAUAGAAAACGAAGAGGACGUUUUGUGGAAAGCUGAUGUGAGAGAGGCAGAUGAGUCCCUUGCUGCAAGGGGAAUGAAAUUUAUGAAUUGGUUGUGGACACGUAAAGAGAAAGAGAUUGCAGUCGUCACCCAUAGUGGUUUCUUGUUUCAUACCCUCAGUGCAUUUGGAAAGGACUGUCACCCGACGGUGCAGCAAGAAAUCUGCAAACAUUUUGCGAAUUGCGAGCUUCGUUCAGUUGUUAUCAUCGAUAGAGGUAUGAUGGGUUCGGACUCCUCAACAACCAACUAUCCUGGAAAAAUACCUACUGGGCUUGAUCUUCCUAGUGAUGCUGGGGCACCAAAUUCCUCGGCCUAGAUUGGUUAUAUUGAUCAUGAUCUACGCAAUACUGUUAUUCUUUUGAAGCGGGUUGUUUUGGUCAUCGCUUCAUAUUCAUGAGGAAGUUUUAGUACAUUUUUUUGGCAGUCAGGGUGAUUACUAUUAGGCAGGUACUCAUCAUUUUUUCGGAGGUGAAGAUGGCAACAAACAAGUAUUGAUUGAACUUUUAACUAAUGUUUUAUCGGAGGCAUUUUAUGUGCUUCUCUUGUUGAAAACUCUAAAUAUAUUUACUCCUGCUACUACCAGUAGUUUGUACUCUAAUAUUGCUGCAACAUUGGAAUAUCAAUUGAAUCUCUUUGAAACAUCCACAAUUUAA